UCCCCCACACGUUUCAUCGUCUCCUCCCCUUCCCUUUCCUCCGCCACCUUCCCCUCCGAAUAAGACACUCUCCUCAGCCCCCCGCUGGAGAAUAAGGUAUUUUCCACCAGCUUCCAUGGCGGAGAGGCAACCAAGUGGCCCAUGGACAGUGUCGACGCGCCACCAGUGGUCCGCCCCCUUCACCACCUCCGGCGGGCCAAGCCUCCUCCGCCGGCUACAGGGCCACGCACCCAGCUCCAACCAGGUCGUCGGCUUCCUCACCCUCGUCAUCUCCGGCUGCAUCCUCCUCGUCCUCGCCGGCCUCACCCUCGCCGGCGCCGUCCUGGUCCUCACCUUCUUCGGCCCCAUCGUCCUCUUGACGAGCCCGAUGUGGGUCCCGGUCGGUUUCAUGAUGUUUGUCGUGUCCGCCGCCGUCCUCUCCGCGUGCGGGUUCGGCGUGGCGGCCCUGGCGGGCGCCUCGUGGCUGUACAACUACUUCAUGGGGCGGCAGCCGGCCGGAUCGGACCGGGUGGACUGCGCACGCAGCCGGAUCGCUGAUGGGCCGAGCGACGUGACGGACUACGCGAGGGAGUGUGGUGGGUACCCGAGGAGCCGGGUGAAGGACGCGGCGCCGGGGGCUUGAGAGUAGCCGAAGGCGCGCUCGUUCGUGCUUCUCGGCGUAUGGUUCGUAUUUGGUGUGGCGUUGACUGGUCUUUGUAUUGUCUUUGUCGUCUCUUCUUUCUUUGGUUUCAACGAUGGGGUUUAGCUUUUAAUGAUGACGAAUUUUAUUGGGUUUA